CCACCAGCGGCCUGUACACGCCUCAGUUCCUGGUUGUAGGAUAACACGCUUUCGGCUCCUCUUGGCUCAGCACGGAACAUCAACUUUGGAAAGCAUGGAAUUAGACGGUUCUUAAGUCUUCCAAAGAUAGUUUAAGCGAAAGUAGCGUUCAAAGUGAAGUGUGCCGGCCGCAGGCUUCGCUUAAGGCAUGUUUGUGUAGAGUCCCUGCAGCUUUGCUCACACAGUAGCUUUGCCAGUUUGCAACCGCCAGCUAAGCUAACUUGUUAGCUUGGCUACAUUGCAGUCCAAAAUGACUGACUCCUGCGCUGCAGCCAACUGUGCUUAUCAGCAAGGGGGAUCUGAUAACACCAUCCCGCUUUUCAGCUUCCCACUGGAUCCGGAACGCUGCAAACAAUGGGUAGACAACUGUCAACGCCAAGAUUUGGUAUCGGAGCCUCCGGAGCAGUUGCACAAAUCCUACAAACUUUGUGCGAAACACUUCGAUCCUUCUAUGAUCUGUCAGCAGAGUGACUCCAACUGUGUCCUAAAAGAAGAUGCUGUUCCUACAAUAUUUGACUUGACAAUGCCGGUCAACAGUCAGUCAGGAUGCAACAGGAAACGAGCUAGAGAUCCCUGUGAAGAAGACCCCACAUCUGUGAAGAAAACAAAAGAAGUGAGCGAAGAAUCAACAGAAAUGUGUGAAGGAAACAGUGCAGCUCUCGAACUCCAAGAUGAAAACCAAACACAAGAGGAUGUAGCCACCUCCAAAGCAAAAGAGACACUCAAAGUCUACUUCAAGGAAAUCCUGGCCCUGACUGGAUUCAGCAUCAACGGCGCAAACCCCGACGAGUCAAUCGGAGGCGCUCGGGGUCAGCAGUCUCUCAACCCAAUCUGCGUAGAAAAGAUCGACAAGAAAGAAAUCCUCCAGUUCAGCGAAGACCUGAUGCGGGAGGAGAUCCAGAACAGCCUCAGGUUGGCGCGCUUCUUCUCCAUCCUGCUUCAGGAUGUGACAAGCAUCGAAGGGAAAGAGCAGAUCCCAGUUUUCAUCAGGUCCGUCACCGUCGCCGGGUUCCCACAGAAGCACCUUGUCGGGUUUCUGCCCUGUGAGAUGGAUGCGGAGAAUCUGUUUUACAUGCUGCUCUCAGAGUUGAGAAACAAGUGGGGUCUGAGGAUGGAGCACUGUCGAGGACUCACCUAUCUGGUCACAGGCAAAGUGUGUCAGAAGAUCCGAGACCUCACCUGCAGGAUACUCCAGGAGUUUCCGCAGGUCGUUCUGUCACCGAGCGACCCGUACGCCUUCAACAUAUGGAUUAUCCGCUGCAUGCCGGUGCAGUCCAUUCAGGACGUUGCAGACACUGUAGAGGAGGUGGCGUCGUUACUCAGGAGAACACCGGAGCUUUCCAAACGCCUGGAAGGAAAGAUCCAGAUGGCCUACGGGCACAUGAGAGGGGAAGUGGACCGGGUCAAGGGAGCUGUGAGCGGAAACUGGGAGCACGGUACCGAUGCCUUCCAGACCAUGUUGGACAUCCUCGAGCCAUUCCUAAACUGCAUCAAUGAGAUCAUCUCAAAGGUAGACGAAGAUACUGCUGAACAGAUGGCCAAGCUCAAGCCAAUUUUGAGGAAUUUCAACUUCAUCAUCACACUCGUCGUUCUGAAGAACACCCUCUGCUGUGUGAGCAUACUCAACUCAAGUCUCAGGGGAAUCAUUAGCAUCAGCAGUACCUUACAGUACACAAUUUCCAAUGCCUUAAAGCUGGUAAACAAAUACCAACAGGAGAUCGCAAUAUUCCACAGAAAAUGGUUUUCCGAUGCAGUUGGGAGGGCGAAGAAGCUAGGUGUCGAAGUCAUCAAACCAGAGACUGACCAAGAAAACGCAUCUGAAAUCCCACUGGAGGACUUUUACAGAGAAAGUCUGAGCCGGCCCAUCCUGCAGUAUCUGGUUUUAGAGGUAAAGAGAGUGUUCAGCACAGAGAUGGUCAGGAUUCUCCGAUGGUUGUCAUUAGUGCCGUCGUACAUGGCUGACCACAACUUCAGCAUCCGCAGAGAUAAAGUAGCAGAUGCCAACCUUAACAACCUGGCGAGGCCCGACACGUUCUAUGAGGAGCUGGGAUGUUGGGAAGUGAAGUGGAGGCAUGCCAGCAAACGCAGAAUCCUCCCGACCACCGUGUUUGCGACGCUGAAGAUCCCAGAUAUCGGCUUCUACCCCAACGUGCAGAGCCUGCUGAGGGUGUUGGGAACCGUCCCAUGUGUGAAUGCCGAGGCGGAUGUUUACGGGCAGUACCACAUGGUGCUGGAGCGAUGCCACGCCUACCUGAAUGCCACCCAACAGGAGCAAAGACAGUGUAGCAUGGCGUACAUCUAUGUGAACCAAGACGUGCACUUCAGUGUGGAGCAAAUGGUGGAGUCAUAUGUCCAGAAGCAUCCCGACAUACUACAGCUACUGCAGACGGACGACGAUUCUAAAGAGAAGCUUCCCCAGGUGACAGCCCAGGGAAACCAUGCUGAAAAGGACACUGAGGAAGAAUUACACCUGAUAAACUUAGAGAUGGAUGCAGAAAGGCUUGUGGAGAUGAAGUGUGCAGAGACCGACAGGGAGGCUCUGAAAUCCGCUUUACAAGCCGCAGUGACGGCUGCGUACACCAGCCAAAGCAGGCAACACUGUGAGGUUCCUCCAGCUCAGGAUGGGGAGGUCGAGUACGUGACUAAGUCUGAGAUGAAAGAGGUCCUCACUGUCUGCGAGAACGCUGUCAGGGAGGGAAUCCUCCUGGAAGUGGGCAGUUCGUUCUUUUCUUUGUUCAUUGAUCGGGUCGUGAAGUUAGGCGAGAAGAACUUCCUUCCGCUUUUCCUUCGGUUUGUGGACAGUUUCGAUGUCAUGCGGUUGGAGUUGAUGGGAUUCCUUGAAGCAGAUCUCGAUUGUGACGACAUGGUGCAGCGUCUGUUGGAAAUAGUAACAGUGGAGUGGCAUCUUGAUUUAAAUAACUGUAGAGGUCAAGCAUAUCUAGGUUCCGGUGAUGUUUCCUACAAGCUGAAAGCCUUUGCCUGCAAAAUCCAGGAGAAGUAUCCUCUUGCCAUAAGCACACAUAGUUCUUCCUAUUCCUUCAACACAUGGUGGUCAAAGUCCAUCCCAGUGCCUGCUAUUAAAAGAGCUCUGGAUACUUUUGAGGAGGCGUUGAUGUUCUUCGGCAGUAGCGAUAUGCUAGAAAAUCAGUUAGACCAUGUGAUUGCCUAUGGUCUCAGAGAAAGCUACGAAAAAGUCCAAGAGUUACAGGGAAAGUUCUGUUCCUUUUGGCAAGAAAAGCACGACUCUUAUGAGGUGUUUGUGCAGAUGCUCGAGCCCCUGGUCGAGUGUUUGGAGAAAAUCAAAAGCAACCCACAGAGGUGGAAAGCUGCCGUGUCUGAACAGGCCGGGGCGAUUCUGCAGAAGGUGAUGGAGUUCGACUUCAUCAUUGCCAUGGUGGUGUUGAAGAACGCGUCCUCUUUCACCAGAGAGUUGAGUGCAGGUCUACAGAAGGACCACUUCAGUGCCGCAUCCCAGCUUUGCCAAAUCGGUGGCAUUGUGGCCACGCUGAACCGUGUAAAAACAAACAUGAAGGUGUUUCACCAGAACUGGUUUGACGAGGCCUCUGCAAUGGCCCAGAGUCUUCGAGUGCAGAUUGAAGUGCCUGAAAACUCUUUGCCAAGGGACAGUAUGAUCAAGCCAGUUGGGUUUUACAAAGAUAGCUUGAGCGUGCCCCUCGUCGAUAACCUCAUCAAUGCUGUGAAGGAUCAUUUCUCAGAUGAUCAUAAAGAAGCUCUUAACUUCCUGUCCCUCGUCCCAUGUUCAGUCACAGUGAGUUACAUGUUUGAGAGCUUGAAGUCAAAGCCUCCUCUCUACAGCAGUGAUCUGCCCGAUGCUGACAACUUCUUCACAGAGCUUUGCUGUUGGAGAGUGACAUGGAAGACCAAGGUUGCAUCUGUGACCAUCCCAAGCUCAAUAUUCCACACGUUACGUCUGCCGUUGAUGCAGUACUUCGGGAACAUCAACGCCCUGCUGAGGAUUAUGUCCGUGCUGCCCAGUACGGCGCUGGAGGACUGUGGUGUUGUAAUGAGGCACAAGAGGUUCCAAGAGUAUCUGAGAAACACAAAUCCCAAAGACCGGUCCCCGUGUUUGGCAAUGCUGCAGGUGGGCACGGACUUCAACCGAGACCUGGACCGAAUGGUCACCCAGUGUCUGAAAGUGACUCCACAAGCCUUGGAGGGGAUCUGUCUGGACAAGGAGUCCAAAAGGUUCAACAGAAAUGCUGAAAAUAACAUGGAAGUCGACUCUGUCAAGGAGGAUGAUGAAGACCUGAAAGUUCAGCAGUCAUCUGUCAAGACUGAGGAUCAGGAGAUGAAGCCUGCAGAUGAGAACGGCCACACAGGAGAUAAUCGCCAAAGUCUGGCAACAGUUUUCAAACUAGCCGCACUGCUGGGGAAAAAGAACAGCAGUCUGUCCGACCUCUCCGAGGAGAAUCGAGAGCUUUUUGUUCAGGAGCUUGCCAUGUGCCACUGGUUUGGAAGUGAGAGCAAAUGUAGUCAAGCCAUAGGCGAGGCUGAGAUGGUGAAACUACUCAUACAGGGAGUCAGAGAUGUCAUCCUUAAAGAAAUACAGGACUCUCCGUUCUUCUCACUUAUCACAGACAAACCUGUUAAAAUCGCAGACAAGACACACCUGCCUGUGUUUGUCCGGUAUGUUGGAGAAUCUGCUCCAAAAGUAGAACUCAUGGGGUUCCUACCAUUUGAUGAAACCUGUAAUGUUGAUAUACAAGCAAAUAACCUCGCUAAAGUUCUCACCGAAGACUGGGGCUUGGUCAUGUCUCAGUGUCGUGGACAAGCAUUCAUGCACCUGGGCUCAGGUUACCAGAGCCUGAAGAUGAUGUCAGUAGAUUUCCUCAAGAGCUACCCACUCGCUGUUGUGACACCUAGUGAGUCUUGCGGCCUUGCCCACUGGCUGGCGCGAAGCGUGCCUUGCCCGUCGAUAGUGAAAAUGCUCGAUAUUGCAGAAGACCUCCUGCUCUUCUUUGAUGAAUCCCCCUGUCUGGAGGAACAGUUAGCUCAGGCUGUUGAUGGGCUGCUGAAUAUGCCAAGGGAAGCUUUAGAGGAAAUCCCAGAAACAUGUUGCUCAAGGUGGAAAAAAAGAGAGGAUUUCUUUGACAUACUCACUGACACAUUAGAGGGCGUUCUCAGCUGUCUGGAUGCUGUUAGUUCUUGUGCCACCGGUGCCAAGUCCAUGCACGCGCAAGUUCUCUCCACUGCUUUGAGAAACAUGGAUUUCAUCGUCUCGCUUGUGAUUCUGAAAAACGCCUGUGCUCCCCUUCGUAACUGUAGCACUGUCUUUCGCUGUGGAAACCCUGCUGAUAUUCUCUGCGAGGUGGAAAAAAUCCCCACAAUCAUAGAGACACUCGGAAAAAUGUUGGAAAACAUAAGCACUGUGCACUCCACUUGGUUUGAGCAAGCAUUUCAGCUAGCAACCAAGAUCGCACCUGAACAAGUGUGUUUCUCAGAGGAGGCCAACAACUACGAAUCCCCUGAGAUCUACUACAGGGAGAAUCUGAGUGUUCCUCUUCUUACAAGUCUCAUUGAUGAAAUGAGGCACAGCUUCUCAGACAACCACUUAAAGGCUCUGUCAGUCCUUUCUUUGCUGCCCUCCUGUAACCCACAGCCCAUUCUACCAGAGUCCACCCACAAGCCCUUCAGCAUCUACCUGAGCGACCUCCCUGAGCCUGAAGCAGCCGAGCAGGAAAUCAACACCUGGGCUGCUGUGUGGAGAGAGAAGUACCAGGAUGUUGCUCCGCCGUCGUCCAUUGCUGAAACACUCGCCCACGCUGAGUCCAAGAGCCACCCGGCCAUCACUUUACUACUCAGGCUAGUCGCUGUCCUGCCUAGUGUCAGUAUGGAGUUUGACCUGAUGAAGACAACGCUGAAUUCCAUGAGGGAUCUCUUAAGAAAUACUGUAUGCAAAGGCAGCAGAACCGACCAUGUGAUGCUGCUCUCUCAUGCCACGACACUGCAGAGACUACCGGAGGUUAUUGAGAAGUGCAUAGAGGUGGACCCAGAGAGCAGUUCAUGUCUCUCUAAGGUCAUGGAAACUUUGCAGAGACUGAAGUUGGACGGUGGAGGUGGUGAAGGAGCACCUGCAGCAUCGACAGAAUCGCAGGCAUCUGUGACAGUAGAGUGUCCCACCGAUGGAGUAGUGAAACCAUGUGAGGGGCUGAGGAAAACCGUGUCUUUCUACAACCCACAACUACGUGAACAAAUCCUCAAGGAACUCUGGGACUCUCAGUUCUUCACAGUUAUAACCGAACAAGCUGUCGACAUCGAAGGUGAGCUCUAUGUCCCAUUGUGCAUCAGGUAUCUAAACAAAGAAGACAUCCAGUGUGAGGAAACGCUGGCUUUUAUCCCUGUCGUUGAAGACCUGUUUGCUCUUUCUGAAGCUGUUGAGACCGCCCUGUCUGAGAAAUGGGGACUGAACAUGGAGUAUUGUAGGGGGCAGGCCAUGCUGAGUGUAGGUGAAGUGGGAGCUCAGAUGAGGGCUGUAAGUUUAGCCUUAGCUAUGAAAUACCCCCAGGCUAUAAGAACUAUCAGCUCUGCUUUGUCCCUUAAUGUAUGGCUGGCUAAAUCCUCUUCGGCAGAAGAAGCAGCCGACUGCGCCGUUCUGAUUGGUAAAAUAUUAAACUGGCUCACAGAGGACGCAGAACGCCAGAACAAGCUGGAAGACAUGAUCCUUCAUGUGUUCCAGCACGAUGAGGCGAAGGGUAAUGAGGUGAGGGACAAACUCGUCAAAAACUGGGAGAAGAGUCACGACAUGCACGAGGUGAUGGUUGAGAUUUUAGAGGCAGUCAUGCUGUGCUUGAACGAGCUGAAGGGCGAAGGAAAUGCAUCAAACCAACGGCAAGCUUUACAGUUCUUCAACGCCGUCAGAAAUUUCGAAUUCAUCCUGUCAGCGGUGGUGCAGAAAAAUGUCUUGAGCGUAACUAAAAAGCUGAGUCUGUCUCUUCAGGGGAAGCCUUUGGAUAUGUUGCUCGCAGUGCUCGUCAUGCCUGAGCUCAAAGCUUCCCUCGCUCAGCUGAAGAGCGACAUCGACACCCAUCACAAGGCCUGGUUCGACGAGGCGGUGGCAUUGGCUUCUAAACUCCACGUCACAAUGAUGCAUUCAGUCCUCCUGGAGCCGCUGAGCGAGUUUUACAAAGAAUCUGUAAGCCUGAAGGUUGUCGAGCACUCAAUAACAGAAAUCGACGACCUCUUUACAGACAAGGUAAUGGAUACAUUGCGGUGUCUGGAGAUUGUGCCUUACGCAAUGUCCAAAGUAGAAACCAGCAUUCUUAGUGGUCUUGUUUUCCGCCUGUACAAGGAGGACUUGCCAGAUCAGGCCUCCCUCCACUCUGAGAUGAAACUGUGGAAGGAGAAAUGGUUGGAUCCCUUGGCAGGCUAUCUCCCGACUACUGUGCUCGAUACUCUCAAGACGUCCCAGAUAAGAAGCUUCAGUAACAUUGAGACUCUCCUCAGACUGCAGGUCAUCUUGCCAUUUUCAAGAAGGGAGAGCAAUUUCAGGCAGGGAAAAAGAAGCUUGCAGGAAUUUCUACAGCAGGAGAAGAGAACCCUCACUGAGCUACAUCCUCUGUAAUAGUUGCAGGUCUUCCGUCACAGUUAGCAGAUUAAAAUAAAUGCGUUCAAGAGAUGUCAUCGCCACCAUAUUUAGGAACUAAUGUAACCUCAACCCUAACUGAGGCCCCGAGUUCUGAACUGAAUUUCUGUGUACAUUAUCUUUGAGAUUUCCCUUUGUUGUUACUCUGCAAACAAAGCCCUAUGUUAUGUUUUUUUUUAUUCUGUAGUUUGUACAGUUGGUACUGCCCAAUGGGACCAAUGUCUUGGCAAAAAAAAAAAGAGAAGGAAAAAAGCAAUGCUCCACUGACGAUUAUCGACGCUUGUGUGCCUUGAUGCAAAAUGAAUAAUUCACCCCAUGUAUCAUGAUGAUAAUACAGAUGUUAAAAAUGUCCCAUUGGCAUUCGAAAAAACUUUAUUUUUAUCAUAACCAAAAAUGAGCUGACUUUAGUAAAUUCACUGUCAUGGAUUCAUUAUAAUUAUAAUUAUAAUUAUUAUUAAACUGCACCCUUACCUUUCUGGGCACAAAUAGAAACGGUUAGUUCCAUCAUGUCUUCUGAUGAUUUAUCAUGUUUCCUGUCUCUUUGCAGGAAUGAAUUUGCUGUAAACGUAUCUUUGAAAGAAUGUUUCCUUAAUAGGAAAACCUUCAUAUAUAUUUGUCAAAAAAGUAAUAAAAUGAUCCAAAAAGAU